AUGGGCGAAUCCGUUUCCAGGAGUAGUGAAGAGGCUACGUUCUACUGCCGAUGGCAUCAACGUCCUGGUAGUGUUGGUGGUGGUGGUGGCAGCGGUGGUGGUGAUUGGGGUGAUGGUGGUGGCAGCGGUGGUGGUGAUGGUGGUGGCAGCGGUGGUGGUGGUGAUGGGGGUGGGGGUGAUGGUGGUGGCAGCGGUGGUGGUGAUUGGGGUGAUGGUGGUGGCAGCGAUAAUGGUGAUGGUGGUGACAUGCACGAAAAUAUGAACUAA